AUGCACGUGGAAUGGUUAGGCCAACGUACCCCCGCGCAGCUCUUGACCCUACCACCUGACCACGUUAUCGCGAAGUAUUUCUUGUAUUUUGGCCAACCUGAACUCUCAAAAACCACCUCUAUUGUUGGAAUUCCCCUUGAGCGAGAUAAUGACAACGGUAGCGAGCAAUACCGCGGGACUACACCACGAGAAGCCCUGGUACCGAAGACUCAUACCAUCUUUAUGGGAUGGGAUGCCACUGCUGUGGAAAAGGCCGCCAGUGGGCACGUUGCUCAAGAGGAUAAGAGCUUUGACAUUGAUCACAGUCAUACACCUCGGGAAUUCAAGAAUUAG